AUGUCAGAUUUUAUGAGCAGUAGUGAACAAGAAGAAAUACCAACAGACCCUCUUGAAUUCUUUAUCGCCCCUCAUAAAACGUAUGAAUUUCAAUUCAAAAGCGAAGACCAAGAAGCUAUUCUUUUAAAUGCUGUACUUUUAAAUAAAUCUGAAAAAGAAUUUAAUAUUUAUUUGGAAUACAAUGAUUUUAUUGAAGAAAAGCCACUGACAGACAAAGUUUUACUAACAAAAUUCAAGCCUGGUGAGCUUGUUAAACAAAUUGAAAUAAUUUUAUAUCCAUCUAUGAAACCAAAGUUUAUCAACGAAGGAGAUGUCAACGUUAAGAUAACUGGCCAGCUUGGACCAGAAGGCUCAUUUUCAUCUCUUGAAGAAGAGGAAUAUUAUGAUAAAGAAGACGAUUAA